CUGAGAAGGAAGAAAACUGAGCUCGUAGGUUAUUACCAAAGACUUCAUUAAAUUUUUAUAGCAUUGCCUUGUCUACAACUACCCCCCACAAAUGGUAAUCAAACCCUUCACCACACACAACCCUUCAAGUAAAUUUUUAAUAAGAUCAUAAAUAGGCAUUAGAUAUAGACAUAGACAUAAGAUAAAAGACAUGCUUUCUUCUUAUUCUCAACUUCAUAGGCCUUUCUUAUUCUUCCUUCCAAGAAACCACUUCAAAUCAUCAACUUCCUUAGACUUGCACACCCUUUGUGCUGUUACUAGUAAUCUCAUCCUCUUGCUAUCAUUCAGAUUGAUUUCUCUCCUAGCACCUCGAUCAAAGGGCUAAAAGUUUAAACUUUGCUGCUUAAACUUUUCUUUCACGGUUUGAUACAUCUUAUUGAUUUUAGUGCUAUUUCAAAGGGGCGAAAUUUGAGACAUGGGCUUGAGCUCUAAGCAGGUUUCUAGCAGUGGACUUGAUUGGAAACAAACGUUAUUGGAGGCUCAGAAUUUGGAACUUCCAAAGCCUAAUCUGAUGAGGAAACAACAACAACAACAACAACAAACUCAGCCGAAUUCAGAGUCUUUGAAGUGUCCAAGAUGUGACUCUACCAACACAAAAUUUUGUUACUACAACAACUACAACAAGUCUCAGCCUCGCCAUUUCUGCAGGGCUUGCAAGAGGCACUGGACCAAAGGUGGAACUCUACGCAAUGUUCCAGUUGGUGGUGGAAGGAAGAACAAGAGGGUAAGAAAAUCAAUCACUACUCCAAUUACAACAUCUUCCACCACAACAUCAAUCACAACCACCACUUCUACUUGCACUGCCACAGUCACAACCUCAAUUGGCAACAACAACAACAACAUGGAUGCUAUGUUGGGUUGUAAUAGCCACAUGAUAAUCCAAACUCCUCUUGCGGAUGAUCACAAAAACAUGUCUUCCUCUCUCUACCAAGCUCUAAUUCGUCCACCACCUUUGCUGCUACAACAACAGAAUCUGAUGAACAACACAAGAGACCUAGAAGGCAAAGAUUUUGGUAUUGGUAUUGGUAAUGGUAAUAAUGGUAUCUUUCCUAGUUUAACUUUGCCUUUUCCUAUUCAUCAUCAAAGCCAAAGCCUACUCUUCCCUUUCUCAACCUCAAGCAGCUCUUUUGAUACCAACCCUUGUUCAGUAGUGUCAACUUCUCUUAGAUCCUCCAAUGUUUAUAACUAUGGGGAGGAUCAGUUUAAAGCAAUAGAGGAACCAACCAUCAAUAGUACUAUUACAACUACUACUAUAGUGCCUAGCACCAACAACACACAUCAUCCAUGGGAGAUAGCAGCAGCAACAAGUGGUGUUGGCUUGGGAACUUCUUCAAAUUCAAACUAUUGGAAUUGGGAGGAUUUUGAUUCAUUGGUCUCAACUGAUCUAAAAGAUCCCUGGGAUGGUUCAGAUAUCAAACCUUGAGAUCAAACUAUCAGAAACACAUCAUGGUAGUGUCCAUAGAUUAGUUAUUUAAUUUAAUUGGGGUGUUUUUUGUGUUUCAUACAGGUUAGUAAGUGGUCUUGUGUUUUUUUCAAGAUGGGGCAUGAGAAGUAUUUGGAGCUGUCAUGUUUUAGUUUCAGCUUCAGCUUCAAGCAAAAGUGUCCCAAAAUUAUUCCUGAUUAAUUAGUUGUAACCCACUCUGUUUGCCUCUUUGUUCAUCUCCCUUAUCAUUUCCUCUAAUCUCUAAUAAUAAAAUGGUGUAUUAAUGCAUGCAAAGUAGUAGUCUAGCAUUAUUUAUCAAUAUAGGAUUUUGUUUUUUUUAUUUUAUUUUUUGGGGAGUUUUAUGAGUGCUUUGUGAUGGGAGUGAUAUAGAUAUGGGGUCUGCUUCAGCACUGCUGAACUGACAGAAUGUGAUUGGAAGAUUCUUUGGACAUGUAUAUAUCUUGGAAUGAUAUUAUCAUACGAAUUUUAUUGCUCAUGAUUCGUUAUCAUCUCCA